UAAGAGGCUGCUCCGUUGCGGUGUGAAGAGGAAAACCCGGUGCUUUUCAAGCUCCAGCUCCGAACCGGCCCUGAAUCACCGUUGGUGUGAAUGAGGUUUCCCCAAAUCCUGACAGUCCUUUCCCCGCAGUCACUGAGGAUGGCGGUAAAUUGGCCAGGACUCGUGUCCAUAGGAGUGUUUUACAUCAUCGUACUGGGCACAGGCAUCUGGGCGUCCAGGAAGUCCAAACGCGAGGAGAAGAAAUGCUCCGGGAACCGCAGUGAAGUUGCAAUGGUUGGAGGGAGGAACCUAAAUAUCGGUGUCAGCAUCUUCACAAUGACAGCCACUUGGGUGGGAGGUGGCUAUAUUCUGGGUAGUGCUGAAAUGGUCUACGAUCCAACGAAGGGCUUAGUGUGGGCCGUCGCACCCUUGGCUUUCUCCAUGAGUCUAAUUAUAGGUGGGCUCUUCUUUGUCAAACCUAUGCGGUCGAAGAACUACGUGACCCUCAUGGAUCCAUUUCAGGAGAAAUACGGCAACAAAGUGUCCGCUGUGCUCUUCAUUCCCGCUCUCAUUGGGGACAUCCUGUGGAUUGCAUGUAUUCUGGGUGCACUGGGAGGGACGGUGAGCGUGGUGAUGGAUAUCCACUCCUGGCUGGCUGUGAUUAUCUCUGCUGCUGUGGCCGUAAUCUACACUCUGAUGGGAGGACUCUACUCCGUGGCCUACACUGAUGUCAUCCAGCUUUCCUUCAUUAUCGUCGGCUUGUGGCUCUGUGUGCCUUUUAUCCUGGCUAGCCCCUCCUCUGCUAACUUCACUGUGGCUGCAGUCACUAAGCUGUACCAGGAGCCAUGGAUCGGCCGGCUGGAGCUGGAGGAUGCAGGUCGCUGGGUGGAGGACAUACUGCUGCUGGGCAUCGGAGGGAUCUGCUACCAGGCUUUCUACCAGAGGGUUCUGUCCACAGCCACUGAUGCCCAGGCGAAGAUCACCUGCUACGCUGCUGCUGUAUUUUGCCCAAUUCUUGGCAUCCCUUCAAUCCUCAUAGGAGCAGUGGCUGCAUCUACCAACUGGAACCAGACCAGCUACGGUUCCCCCAGCCCGUAUGAAGAGGGCAAAGCUGGCAUGAUCCUCCCCAUCGCCCUCCAGCAUCUCUGCCCUUUCUACAUCUCUCUGCUCGGUAUCGGAGCUCUGGCUGCUGCCGUGAUGUCGUCCGUCGACUCGGCUCUUCUGUCUGCCGCCUCCCAACUGGGCCGAAACAUCUUCAAGAACAUCAUCUACAGAGGGGCGUCAGAGAAACUGAUUCUCAUGGCGGGUGAUGAAGUUCGGUGGUGCUGUGUGGGACAGCUGGAGCCGGCCCUGGCCAUGACGACACUCGUCCGUUCCACUUGUUCUGGAUCAUCAGCUCAGACGUGCUGUACUGUAUGAUGGCUCCUCAGGUGAUUUGCAUCUUCUACCUGUCUCGCUGGGUGAAUUACUUAGUGGCCCUGCUUUGGUUUCGUGCUGGCUCUCCUGCUGAGGGUUCUGGUUGGAGAACCUGUGAUCGGCCUUCCUGACCUGAUGCCUCUGCCCUGGGACAAGAUUCCAGGACGAUGGUACCCGAUACCGUUUGUUCCCUUUUCGAACCGCAAUCCUGCUCAUCACCCUGGGGACUAUUUUCCUAGUGUCACGCCUCGCUGAGUGCCUGUUUUUGAGAAGAGGAAGCUGGGAAGUGAGGAUGAAACAGACGCUACAUGUCAGGAGAUGAAACCGAUGAAUAAAGAACAGACUUCCUGCAACUAAAUAGCUCAAAAACAGAAGCUAUUUUGGUUGGCACACCAAACCAGGUCCAAUCAUCCCCCAUAACCCACCAUUACCUCUUUCUGGACCAAACAUAUCCCUCUCCACAGCAGUUACCAACCUGGGUGUAAGAUUUGACAGACAUCUAACCUUUGACACCCAUAUCAAACAACCUGUGCAAAACCUCCUUCUACCACCUCAGGAACAUUGCAAAACUCCUGUCAGAUGCUGAACAACUGGUCCAUGCUUCGUCUCCUCAAGGCUCGAUUACUGCAACGCUCUCCCCAUCGGGACUCAGCCUUCAGAAGCUCCAAUAUGUACAGAAUAGUGCCGCUAGGAUCCUGAUGAGGGUGAGAAAAUACAACCACAUCACACCCGUCCUUCAUUCCCUCCACUGGCUUCCUGUCUCAUUCAGGAUCGAAUACAAGAUCGCACUACUGACCCAUCAGUGCAUCCACAGGAACGCCACUCCAUACCUGAAGGAACUUCUCAAAUCACAAACCUCCACACGCUACCUCCGCUCCACAACUAACCAUCGGCUUCGCCCCCCGAGGACCAAACCUCAAUGGGGGAUCGGAGCUUUCUGUGCAGCUGCUCCUCCUCUGUGAAUUCCCUUCCAGACCACCUGAGGACUCCACAGACCACUGACGCCUUCAGGAAAGGCUUAAAAACCUUUCUUUUAAAAAAAGCUUUUGUUAAACUUUUGUUUUUAUUAUGCCUCCUGUAGCACCUUGGGAUUGCUGUGAGCAAUGAAAGGUGCUUAAUAAAUCGAAUUUAUUAUUAUUAUUAUUAUAGACGAACACAUCUUUAGAUUGAUAAACAUAUAGAACAGGGGUGUCCAAACAUUUUCACCAAGGGCCACAUACAGAAACAUAUUCGAAGGGCCGGGCCACUCACUAGAGGCGAGGGUCAGGGCCGGCCCUCGCAUAGGCAGUAUAGGCGAAUGCUAAGGGCGCAUCAACCCAUAGGGGGCGCUGACAAUUUGAAAAAAAAAGUUAGAAAUUAAAACUAAAUAUAUAUUUUUAAUUUGAUAACAACACAAUUUCCCGAUUUUGGAUCUACAAAGUACAUCUUAUUAUCUUAUACUAACA